CACACAUAGAGACACAGAGGGCGACAGACAUACAUACAUACAUACAGACAGACAGUAUGGAGUGUGGGUUGAGCCGCUGGCGGCAGCGGCAGCAGCACCGGCCGCUCCAGGAGAGCGGGGACAGGGGGGUCGGGGUUGCGGGGCGCCGGUGCCGUGGGCUGGGGGCAGCGUUGAGGACGCGGCUGCCGCUGGGUCGGGUGGAUGACAACGCUGAGCCCAGUCCGGCCCGGCACAGUGAUGGCAGCAGCAACAAGCCCGGCGCCUUGCACAGUCUGGGGCGCUCCGCCAGGAACACAUGGGGCAAUGUCUCGCAGAGACUCCAGAAGAGGCGACAGGGUCGGGGUGAGUUCCUGGUGGUCACUCCGUCGAAGCCCCAGACUCCACGGGGCCGCCGCUGCGGUCCGGCCUCGAGGCGGAGGUCUUCUCCCCGGACCCCUGUGGGCGGGGGUCUCCGCUUCUCCCCACCCAGCGGGACCCCCACCCCCACGGGCUCCAAGGCCAAGUGGAGCGAUGUCGCCCUCCUCCUGGGCACGGACGGGCUUCCCUUGAGGAGAUCGGUUCGAGCCGCCUCGUUGAAGAGUCCGUACGGAUCGCCCAGAGGAACCAACAGGCAAAGGCAGUUUGACCGAGAUCUGGAAUCGGUGUCUUUUGGGAUUGGCCAACUGCAGCGUUUGUCCCACGUCUUUGAUGAAACCAUUGCCAAGGAAGAAAGAGCACGAGCCGUUGAAAACUACCGCCGCGUCAUGUCAGAAAACGUUCAGGUCUCGGAGAUUCGGGCGAGGAAACUGUCCUCUUCAUCAGUCAGAAGAACAACGAUCAGGCUCCGCUCCGCGCUCAGCUCCUUGGCCGACGAGGCUUUAGCCAACGUGGCAGAGCGGAGGAGAGAACGGAACUGAUCGGCAACUGUGCUCGAACUGCUGCCAUGUUGGAAUUCCGCUUCCAAGAUGGCGCCCAAGCCGGGCAACCAUUUGCAUGCCAGCCACAGAAGCAGAUCUACAACCAAUCGCUCUGUACUCUACUCCGUCAGCAACAUUCCUUAUUGGCCUGUCCCACUUACGCGACUUUUUCGACGACUGCCGGUACCCGUCACCGGUCGUUGCAGGUCGCCGAAAAUGUUCAACGUGUUGCGAAUCCAGCGGCGACCAGAACAAUGUACGGCCCUUUGGGCGACUACUCACGACCAUACAGGCUUCACCCCGCGGCAUGUCGCCUGUACGGUCGUGAGUUGCCCAAAGAGUCGCAGCGCCAUUCUGGUCGCCGCUGGAGUUUCAACAUGUUCAAAGAAAUGUUGGCGACCUGCAACGCCCUAUGAUAGGUGCCGGCAGUCCCCGAAAAUGUCGCGUAAGUGGGACAGGCCCAAUACUUUUAAUUAUGAUCGGACUUUGCUGGCUCCACCUGGCACUAAACGUUAUUCCCUUAUCACGCAUCGAAACAGCCGUACAUGUCUCGAUUGUGAUCAUGCGUCGUCGUUCUGCCGGCUGGUUGGCACGCAAAAAAAAAGCUGUUCGCCGCACACGUGACAAUAGGCUGGACUGAUACUGAAACGGUGACAUUUCCAAGGAGUAAAAAAAACACACUCCAAGCCUGACCUACUCACGUGUCUCUCUCGUUCCCAAACAUGCAUAGUAUUUUAGCUGCACUAAUUGCCUCUUUAUAUCUACCUUGAGAUUUUAGCCUUGCCUGUACAAUGUGUGCUCGUAUAUAUAUAUUUUUUUCUUGUAUGCAAGGUAAAAUACUUCAACCUUGUUUGUUUGUUAAUGGGCCCUGUCCCACGGUACAAGUUCAUUCCAAGAGCUCUGCCGAGUUUUGCCCUGAUUCGAACCCGUGAGAUUUACGGUAAUGGCCGCUCGUCAGUACUCGGGGCUCUCGUGGACAUUUUUCAACAUGUUGAAAAAUCUUCACGAGUCUUCCCAAGCUUACCUGCCGUUAGGGAGUCUUCCCGAGUACCUGCCGUUAGCGUUGCGAGCCGCUAAGAGACGUCCCCGAGCUCCGACGUACCCGCUACGUUCAUUCUCCGUGCUUACCACGAAAUUUGAUUAUUUUUUUUAAACUCAGGAGAGCUCUUGGAAUGAACUCGUACCGUGGGACAGGGCCAUAACUCUUAAUGGAAGCAGCUUUCGAAGUGGAGCCCAACUUGAGCCCAUUUAACGCUGGUGAACAAGGGCUAAUCUUUCCUCCCAUGGUAUGUCAGUGAAGCUGCUUUCUUAGUUACCUCAUUUAUUAUUAAUCGUAUUAAAUUUUGAUAUGAAGGCUUCUAAUUUGAUCAGGUUAAUUUUCAAGAUGGACCCAAAAAGCUGGAGUAACUCAGUGGGUGAGGCAGCAUCUCUGGAGAGAAGAAAUGGGCGACGUUUCGGGUCGAGACCCUUGGGUCUCGACCCGAAACGUCGACCAUUCCUUCUCUCCAGAGACACUGCCUCACCCGCUGAGUUACUCCACCAUUUUGUCUCUACCUUCGAUUUAAACCAGCUUCUGCAGUUCAUUUUUUACACAGGUGAAUUUUCAAUGUACUCAAUCAAUGUGAACUAUUUGAUGUUUUGUUAUUUUGUAGGGAGUUUUUUUCCAGUAUCUUUAUUAAUGAUAUUUUGAUAUCUUUUUUUAUAAAGACACACAGACACAGGUUUGUUUUUUUGCAGAGAAAAUUGGUGAUUUAGUCUAUAAGUUGCACCAUUCCAAGUAGCUGCUUAUAAAGUCACACAGUGUGGACACAGGCCCUUCGGCCCAACUUGCCCACACCGGCCAACAUGUCCCGUCUACCUUAGCCCCACCUGCCAGCAUUUUCGGCCCAUAUCCCUCUAAACCUGUCCUAUCAAUGUACCUGUCUAAAUGUUUCUUGAACGUUGUGAUAGUUCCUGCCUCAACUACCUCUUCUGACAGCUCGUUCCGUACACUGUGUGUUUGAAAAGAGAGAGUUGCCCCUCGAGUUCCUAUUAAAUCUGCCCCUGCUCGAAGGAGCAGAAUUAGGCCAUUCGGCCCAUCGAGUCGACACCCACCAUUCAAUCAUGGCUGAUCCAUCAUUCCCUCUCAAACCCAAUGGGGUUUGAGAGGGAAUGAUGGAUCAGCCAUGAUUCUCCUGCCUUCUUCCCGUAACCCCUGACGCCCGUACCAAUCAAGAAUCUGUCAAUUUUUGCUUUAAAAAUACCCAAUGACUUGGCCUCCACACCCGUCUGUGGCAAUGAAACCCACAGAUUCACCGCCCUCUGGCUAAAGAAAUUCCUCCUCGUCACCAUUCCAAAAGGUACAUCCUUUUUUGUAUUCUGGUCCUAGACUCUCCCACUAGUGGAAACAUCCUCUCCACAUCCACUCUAUCCACGCCUUUCACUGUUCGGUAAGUUUUAAAGAGGUCCCCUCACCUCAUCCUUCUAAACUCCAGCGAGUACAAGCCCAAACACACAUGCAUUAACUCAAUCAUUGUAAUAUACCUCCUCUGGGCCCUCUCCAAUGCUAACACAUUAUUUUAGAUUUGACAACAAUUUCAAGCUUUCUCAGCUUAUAAAAGGAUUUACAGAAAGCUUUAAGCACAUGUUCCAAUUUGUUACUGGUGCUUCCAGUACUUUUAGUGUUAGAUGGAGUAAUACAGCGUGGGAACAGGCCCUUCGGCCCAACUUGCCCAUGCCGACCAACAUGUCCCAUCAACACUAGGCCCACCUACUUGUGUUUGGCCCAGAUCCCUCUAAACCUGACCUAAUUUUCACACAGAGAGUGGUGAAUCUCUGGAACUCUCUGCCACAGAGGGUAGUUGAGGCCAGUUCAUUGGCUAUAUUUAAGAGGGAGUUAGAUGUGGCUAAGGGGAUCAGGGGGUAUGGAGAGAAGGCAGGUACGGGAUACUGAGUUUGAUGAUCAGCCAUGAUUAUAUUGAAUGGCGGUGCAGGCUCGAAGGGCCGAAUGGCCUACUCCUGCACCUAAUUUCUAUGUUUCUAAUCAUGCACCUGUCUAAUUGCCAAAAGGGGAUAUGGGGAGAAGGCAGGAAUGGGGUACUGAUUGGGGAUGAUCAGCCAUGAUCACAUUGAGUGGCAGUGCUGGCUCGAAUGGCCUACUCCAUCCAGUGAUUUUUGUUUUUGUACCUUUCAAACCAAUCUGAUAAUUGACAAAAAUUGUGAUAGAUGAUAGUCACCAAGUGCUGGAGUAACUCUGCGGGUCAGGCAGCAUUUCUGGAGAAAAUGGAUGGUUGACAUUUCAGGUCUAGCCCCUUCUUACUGACCGAUUAAAAACCGAGACAAAUAGGUGCAGAAGUAGGCCAUUCGGCCCUUCGAGCCAGCACCGCCAUUCAACAUGAUCAUCCAAAAUCUGUACCCCCGUUCCUGCUUUCUCCCACUUGUCCCUUGAUUCCGUUAGCUGAUUCUACUCCAGCACUUUGUGUCCGUCUUUGGUAUAAACUAGCAUCUGAAGUUCAUUUUUAUUAGAUAAUUCUGAUAUUUGAUUAAAUAUGCAUUGGCUGUAACAAAGCAA